AUGGAAGACGAGGAAGAAGAGGAGGAGGAAGACUUGGAAGAAGAGGAGGAGGAAGAGGACCAGCAGAACGAAGAGCAGGAGGAGGAGGACAAAGACCAGGGUGAGAAUGAUGAGACAGACAGUGAGUCUGGAAGUGAAGAUGGUGAGGGUGAAGGUGAGGAGGCUGAAGGUGAUCAGCGUGAAGGUGAUCAGGAUGAAGGUGACCAGGGUGAAAAAGAUGAUCCGGAUUCGGAUGAAAGCGAGCAGGAUGAAGGUGAUAUGGAUGAGUCUGAUCAGGACGAUGCUGAUCAGGAUGAGGAUGAUCGCACCAACGCUGCCAGCAAAAGCAAAAGCAAGAACAAAAGCAAAAGCAGAAGCGACAGCAACAAGAAGGACAAGGGCAAGGCACUUCGGGGUGCUGAAAAGCAUUUGAAGAGAAACUCAAGCACGCAUCGCAAAGAGUACAUGGCGUUCGGCAGAUGGUGCAAAAACAAGCGCCGAUUUCCAUCGAAGUUGGUCGCAGAGCUCAAGUCGGAGGAUGGGCGAGACCGCCUGUUCCAGGAGUAUCUCGAUUGCGGUGGAGACACGAACGAAGUCGUGGUCAGGGCUUCCCGCCGACUAGAGGAAACCCAGAGGACAAAAUUGAAGUAUGGGUUUAGGAACCAGCAAUGGCUAAACACCCAUCACGGGGAAAAGCGCGCCCAGAAAAUCAUGCAGAGGAAGAAGGCCUUGGGGCUGACCAUAGGGGACCCAGAGUUCCCUGAUGAUCCUGAAGAACGACUGUACUUUGUGAUGGUUGAGCUGAACAUUGAAGAUGUUAGGGAGUUGAAACGGGUGACCGAGAUGGAGCUAUCUGGAACCCUGGACAAAGAUGGCGUCAAAGCCUUUGUUGAGGGUGGCGGCUGCCUGGACGGCAAGUCCCACCUGGCGAUUGGCGACAUGGUCAGCGCGGGCGGGAUGAACAAGUUGAUGGCGAGCAUGGGCGGGCCUGUCAAGAAGCCGAAAAAGAUGGGCGAGAACAAAGGAGGGCCAAAGCCUGACCAAACCUCGCAGGCCAGCCACAAGAGAGAAAGCGACUCAAUGUGUAGAUGA